AUGAUAAUUAUUGAUCUUGUUGUGGAACGUCAGAGUUUCUAUUACGUCUUCAAUUUGGUGAUUCCGAGUACGAUUAUCACUCUUGUCGCCGUUAUCGGCUUUCAUACUCCGAGCACAAGCGGUCGAAUGAGGGACGCCAAGUUCCGUUUGGGUAUUAUGACGUUGAUGAGUAUGUCUGUGAUUUUGCUCGCCAUCGUUGAAGAUAUGCCGAAAUUCAGUAUGUCGGCGAACAGAAGAGGUCGCGGAUCAUUCUCCGGGAUCCCUUUAAUAGGUGAGUUUGCUUAUACAACGAAAAGCGGUCAGAUCUGA